GGCAGGAAAUGGUGAUGUAAAAGGAGCCGGAAAGCGAGUGCCUCUGUCGGUUUUCUAUUCAGUGCCCGGGGAGUCUCCUAAGAACUGUCACCCUGUGGGGUAAAACCAUCGGGGCCAUAUUAUCUCUUCCAACUCCAUGGAAAUUCCAACACUCUACGCAGAGAGGGGUUUGGAGCUGAAGUUGCCGCUGCUCAUAGCCCUGGGAACCCGCGUUUCUAGAUCAUACAGAGUUUGAGGAACCUAGAACCAUUAAAUGUAGCGGAACGUCCUGUGAAUGUUCUGAGUGGCUCUCACGCGGAGCUCGUACGCAGAUGGCUGGGCAGGCAGCCGAGGAAGCGUUCACAUGCUUGGAAUGUGGGGAAUGUUUCGCCACGAAGCCAAAACUCACCAAGCACGAGCGGGUCCACGCAGAAGAGAAGCCGUUUGCGUGUUCUCAAUGCGGGAAAUGCUUCGUCACGAAACCGAGGCUUGCCAGACACGAGCGGAUCCACACGGGGGAGAGACCGUUCGCGUGUUCGGAGUGCGGGAAAUGUUUAACCACAAAGGUUGCGCUCACAAAUCACGAGAAGAAGCACAGCGGGGUGAAGCCGUUCGCGUGUCUGGAAUGCGGGAAAUGUUUCUUCACGAAGUAUGAAGUGACCGUUCACGAGCGAAACCACACGGGAGAGAAGCCGUACACGUGUUCCCACUGCGCAAAGUGCUUCACCACAAAGUCCACGCUUACCAGGCACGAGCGGCUCCACGCGGACCGGUUGCUUCCGUGUUCCGAAUGCGGCAAGUGCUUCAACACGAAGCCGGGACUUACCCGGCACCAGCGGCUGCACACGGGGGAGAAGCCGUACGCGUGUUCCGAGUGCGAGAAAUGUUUCAUCACGAGGUCGGAGGUCAACAGACACCGAGAAUUUCACGUAGGGCUGAAACCGUUCGGGUGCCCUGAAUGCGGGAAAUGCUUUUACACGAAGGCUCGCCUCGAGCAGCACGCGCGCACGCACACCGGAGAGAAGCCCUUCGCGUGCUCGGAAUGCGGAAAGUCUUUCGGCACCCGGUUUGGGCGCACCGUGCACUGGAGGACCCACAGCGGGGAGAAGCCGUGCGUCUGUCUCGAGUGCGGAAAGUGCUUCGGCACCAAGGCGAACCUGGUCCGGCAUGAAAUGUUUCACACGGGGGAGAAGCCGUUCGCGUGCUUCGAAUGCGGGAAAUGUUUUUGCACGAAGGGCGAUCUGAAGAGGCACGAGAAGCGGCGCAGCGGGGAGAAGCCUUACGCCUGCUUUCUCUGCGGCAAAUGUUUCACCACCAAGUCUGAGCUCACGACGCACCAGAGGUUCCACUCCGGAGAAAAGCCCUUCUCGUGCUCGCAGUGCGGGAAAUAUUUCUACACCAAAGCCCAUCUGAAGAAGCACGAGGGGUGUCACACGGGGGAGAAGCCCUUCGCGUGCUCGGAAUGCGGGAAAUGCUUCAGGACACGGGCGGAGCUCACGAGACACGUGAGAUUCCACACGGGGGAGAAGCCCUUCGCGUGUUCGGAAUGCGGGAAAUGCUUCAGGACACGGGCGGAGCUCACGAGACACGUGAGAUUCCACACAGGAGAGAGACCCUUUCCGUGCCCUCUGUGCGGGAGAUGGUUUUACGCCAAAGAACAUCUCGGCAAACACCUGCAGAGCCACACGCGAUAGAAGCCGGCUGCGUGUUGUGACCGUGGAGGAGGUGUUAACACAAAAAGACAGCGCUAGUAUCCAGCGACUGUUCCGUGUUCUAGAAAUCUGCGUUACUGCGGCUAGUAACUCUCUACAGGGGCAACGAUCGGGGGGGGGGGCUAUAAUGUUCUAAAUGGUUAUAACUGUUUAGGUAAAAUUGCCCAUCUUGAGAGGUUUCACAAAGGAGAUUUUUUCGGGGUAAAAGCUGUCCUUGAAAUUUCUGUUUUUUUGGGAAAUAUGAGGUGUAAUAAAAAUACGACACGCGGAGUGCACCCGGUA